CUGACAGAAUCUGUUACAAAUGAGAGUCGAAACGGGGCUACAAACUACCUUGCGUCGAUUUUCGUUCAUGACUUAGAAAUGACGAGCUCUUAAUUUGAAAAAGAGUCUUUUUAAAACAUUUGUCAGUUGCAUUCAGUGCUGGCGACAUAUUCAGGCAGUGAAAAACAAAACUAUUUUGCUGCCCGCUGUUUUAAUGGGUUUGAAGGUGUAACUGGUACCAGUUUAAAAGAAGCUAGCUAACUGGUUUUUAGACAAAUUUGAUUGGUGCCUGCUAAAAGAAAGAAAAUCCAUGUGCUCUCAACUGAUGACUAUAACAUCAAAAGCCUAUUUGAAACUAAAAUAACCUUAGUAGAAAGAGAGAGAAACUUUCAGCCAUGAAUAUUUACCAAUAAUAUUCACACAAGGGAAAUAACUAACAUUGAAUCAGGAACACAUCUAGGAAAUCGUGCACGAAGAAACAAAAAUAUCACGUUAUUCAAGAACGUUUACAAUGAUGUUUCGAGGUGUUAUAAAGUAUGUAGCCUUUCUUGGAGUUCUUAUUGGAAUUGGAAUUAUCACAAAAGUUCUAGAACAAGUUGUUGAAAGCGCAAGUAUUAAAGCGUUAUACAUUAGUCAAUAUGAUUCUCGAUUGCUCAGAAGAACUCCUUCAAAUACGGAAGUAACACCACUAUCCCUAACGUCCAAAGUCCACACAAAACUUAGUGAAACUAAAGAUCCGUUUACGCUAGCGGGUAAAUCUAGAAUUGAAGACCAGAAACUGCUUCAGCAAGAACUUCAGGCGAAAUUAAAAGAUUUAGAGGAAAGAAUAGCUUUGCAAAAGUCUGGCUGGGAUCCAAAGCUGCCAAUUAUUUACGCCAUUACUCCUACCUACAGACGCUUUCUGCAGAAGGCCGAACUUACACGUUUGUCUCAAACUUUAAAACACGUUAAAAAUUUCCACUGGAUAGUUGUCGAGGAUUCACAUGAAAAGACAAACCUCGUAAAAAGGUUUUUGAGUAACUGCGGUCUUAAGCACACUCAUUUAAAUGUACGGACUCCAAUGGAGAUGAGAAGGUCACGUAACAAACCGCGCUGGACUAAGUCCAGAGGAGUGGAGCAAAGGAAUGUAGCACUUGAUUGGCUGCGUAAGAAUGUGAAAGCUAACGAAACCAAAGGGGUGGUUUAUUUCGCUGAUGAUGAUAAUACCUACGACAUCAGAAUAUUUGAAGAGAUGCGGGACAUACAGACAGUUGGAGUGUGGCCUGUUGCUUUCACUGGCGCGGCCAGAUGGGCUGGGCCCAUCUGCAAACAUGGUCACGUCGUCGGAUUCCACACAAACUGGAAACCAUUUAGGACUUUUCCAAUUGACAUGGCGGCGUUUGCGAUAAACCUAAAGAUGUUAUUGGUAGACAGACCAACUGCUCGCUUUGAUCCUGAUGUUAAACCAGGUUUCUUGGAGACUUCAUUUCUGGAUCAAAUCACCACUAUGGAGGAUAUGGAACCAAAGGCCGGAAACUGUUUAAAGGUAUAUGUGUGGCAUACCAGGACGGAGACGCCAAUCGUUAACAUCAAUGGCGAAAAACAGCUCAUCAAGAAAGGAAAACCAUCAAAUCCCGAAGUUGAGACAUAACCCAGCCUAAUUUUCCAUUUUAAAUUUAUUGAAUUUAUGACAUGCGCUGUUUUGCCACGUUCGUCACCUCAAUGUGAAGAGUGUUACAAACUAAAUCUGUUCGUGACCCUAGAGGCGUCCUCUGGCCCUGAAGAGGAGGCCACAUUCUAGGCAUGGAAGAGACAGCAAAGGCACACAUCUGAGACUGAAUUCGAUUACGAACUUCUGUUAUCCCAGUUCACGCGUCUGACAUCCAAAGCCCUCUUCAUCCCAGCUACGACUGAUUUAGUCAAGAGUAAACAAUAAGUACUUUGGAUAAAAGAAGACCUUAUAGUAACACAUUUUAAGGUUACAUAAAAUGAGAAACCUUGCCCAUACGAGCAUAGCCUUCGACGAUGUCCGUGUCAACGUUACAGAGUUAUAAUAGUCUUGAUGCGGGACUGAUUUUUGAACUUUAACUUGCAUUGUCGAGAAAGAGACAGUACAUCAUCCUGGGGCUUCAUAUCUUUACCCUCAGAAUCGAAUUUAAAAGCACAGACAAUGGUAGAGAGAAAAAUCUCAGCUUAUGAUACUCUUCUUCCCCAGAGUCUCUUUCCCUCACUAAAUACAUCUUUCGCAUGUAUUUUUAGCGUCAGCUUGCCUGGGGUGAUACCAAGGUACUAAGAUGAUUAAAAAUUCAUAAAAGUUAGCAAUAUUUACAAACGACUAAGUGGCAUUACAAUGCAUUUUAAUCAUAACCAACUUCUAUGUACUUUAGGUAAAGACAUGCAUUGUUAUGUAGUAAGCCAAGCAUUGAUAAUGCGUGACUGUAGUUGACAACUACUCUGGUACGAUAAAAGUAUAGGAUGAACAAAACGAAAUAAAUUGUUUUCCCUGGUUGAUGUGACACUUAGAUGGAUAUAAAACUUCAAAAGAAAAUAAAAAUUGAAAACUGACGAGAAGGGAGAAAAAUGUGAAAGUGUAAUCUUGUGAAAAAUCCCCGGGCCAUUCAGGUUAACACACAUUUGAUUCACAAAACUCAAACACUGAUCUGAGGAACUUCUGAAGGUCUGAACGAUUCGCUGCAAUGAAAAGAAUGACAUGUUUCGACAUGUUCCCUACAAUCUGUGUACAGUUGAGACAAGGGCAAAGAACGCUGAGCUACAGGUUAAGCUACAAGUUAUUGUGCCCAAUUCGAACGAUGGCGGUAAACCGUUCCCUCGCAUGGCGACAAUUGCGCAUGCGUAAUCUCUAGCUGCGGUGCUAACUCCUUAUGUGCCGAAGAUGAACUGAAACCUGCAGUGACAGAGCAAGCUAUUGCAGUCAAACAAGAAGUCAAACUCGAAGUCCAACUCUAGCUCAAAUCCAAACUCGAUCUUCCACGAUUCCCACAGUGCACGUUCACAGAACUCGAUUUCAGCUCACUUGUGGCACGUUGGUGCAGCAGUAGACCAGUAUAUCUACCUCCCCGCCCCCUGCUUGAUGGCCCAAUAAAUUCCAAGCGCGCUUAUCCGCCCUCGACGCAUUUUUCAUUAUAUUUUUUCAAAAAGGGAUCUAGUGUUGUCAAUUACGCUAUACAGAAGGUAUCCAAGGCCACAUACGAACCUAUAAUGUGUGUGACUGUAAAUCGAAACUCAUAUUCGCCCAAGCAGGUAAGGGAGUACCACGUUAGCCAAAUUCAUUUCGAUCCUUGAUAUUUAUGCAUUCGGGAUAUAAACUUGUAUGAUAGCUCGCAUAACGAAACCCGCCAUUAUACCCUCCCUACUUUACCCUUCCCUUGGAUAUAUUCAAUAAGCGUUCUCCAAAAAUAUAUUUGUGCUAUCCAAAUGCCAAAGGUUC